AGCAUCAGACACGCCAAUCUGUCCUGCCACUGGUUUCCGCGGCGUCGGGGAAUAUCCGGGGCCGAUUAUGUAAGUGGGCGGGCCUGCGCCGGCGGCUACGACGUCCUCGCGGGCUUUGCAAUGACGUCGGGCUCGAGCGGGCGCUCGUGACUCGCGGUCGGAGGACUUGGGGAAUGCGCGGCAGGACGAGGGUCCGCCGCCCUCCCGGCCAGCACUGACCGGCUCACUUAUUCGCGCCGAUAAAGAGACACGCGGUGUGAUGGACAUGAAGAUCGUCCACGUGUCCAUGGGCGAACGCGCCAAGCUCUACUUCCUCUCCCUCGUCUACGGCUGGUACUUGAUUGUGCGACGGCUUAUGCGAUGGGCCUGGAAUCCAAAUCAGUUCUUCCUGCUUCGACAGAGGGAUAAUCCGCCCUCGUGCCUGGUUGACAAUACCCUCGGCACCCACUCCUAUGUCAAGCUCAGGGGUAUCAAAUUUCAUUACGUAGAAGCAGGCUGUAAAGAACAUCCGCUUCUUUUGCUUUUACAUGGAUUCCCAGAUUGUUGGUUAUCGUGGAGAGAACAAAUUCCAGUUCUUUCACAACAUUACAGAGUUGUAGCAUUGGAUUUAAAGGGUUUUGGCGAUAGCGAUAAGCCUUCGAACAAACGCUCCUACAAGAUAGAGACUCUCAUUGACGAAUUGAAGCAAUUUAUUUUUGCACUGGGAGCGAAAAACUGUAGUAUAAUCGGUCACGAUUUAGGUGGUCUUUUAGGAUGGUACAUGACUGCAAUACACGAUGAUGUAAUAUGUAGAUUUAUUGCCAUUUCUAGUCCACACCCGAACGUUUAUUGGAAUGGUAAAUCUGGUGAAACUGUUUUCAGUCGCAAAUGGAUGCAUUUUAGUAGGCUACCAUUUCUACCAGAAAUAGAUGUUUUAAAAGAAGAUCUUUCAGUAAUCAAUGACACGUUUAAGCAUCUAAACAAAAGCGAACAGGAAAAAAAGAAUGUUUACGUUGAGGCUUAUAAAUACACCUUCAGCAGAAAAGAGGAUUGGACUGGACCAAUUAAUUAUUAUCGAAAUCUACCAUACACGAGACUUGGCACAAAUAAUAAUCAACAAAUAGCCAUAAAAUCACUUUUAAUAGUUGGAAAUUCUGAUCCUUCUGUUUCAUUAGAAAGUAUUGUACAAAGUACUGAAUAUGUAGAGAAUUUUAAUGUUAAAAUUGUCUCGGAAGCUGGUCACUUUCCACAUCAAGAGAAUCCCAAAUUAGUGAACGAGGCAAUUAUUAAAUUUCUCGUUGGUUAUCCAGGUCUGGAGAAAACACCAUCUAAAAAUAUUGUCUCUUCGUGGUUAGGAUCUUUCAGCACCACUGUGAUGUAUGGGAAUCAGAUGUUUAAUGCAGUGCAUAAAAAAACUCAUGGAGUUGUUAAUGGUUUUCCGAGUAAAAUGCUUUACUUAGGACAGACAAACACGUAGAGAUAAAUUGUAAUUUAAGAAGAAAAAAUCGGUUAUUGGAAAUAUUAAAAAAAAA